ACUCUCUCGCUUGCUUCGCCAACUGCUUCAUUCACUCCCCCCACGCCUCUCCGGCUUCCAUUCACUCCCUCCCUUGCUUUCUUUUCCGCGUGCUGGCACGUCUUGGCCGAUACGUCAAUCACCUCAGACCUUUUGCCUGACACACGCCUGGCCCUUGCACUUGCAUUCACCUGGACCAUCAACAAUCCUUCAAUUCCUGCUCUCCCUUCAAGCACUUUUAUUUUUCCCCUUCAGGACAGGAUCCAUUCUGUAAUUCACCAUGAAGUCCUUCUUUACCCUUACUGCUAGCCUCUUGGCGGCUAGCUCCUCACUCGUUGCUGCUUUCCCCAGCCCAGGCUUCAUCAACAAAAACACCCUCCCUAGCAACCACUCAACAGAGGUCAAGGAGUACAUUGUCACUUGGUGGCGUAACGAGACUGUGCCCGAGCCCAUUGAAAGGUACAUGGAUGCCCUUGAGCUCAACAAGAAUGGCGAUGCAAUUCUCUUCGAGUCGAGCCCAGGCGUCAACCCCCGUGUUGUUGUUCUCAAGAUGUGUGACGACCAUGCUGCCAUCUUCAAGAGCAUGGCCGAGAUCAAUGUCGUCGAGGAAAAGGCACAGGUCAAGUCGUUUGUCGAGCAGCGUGAUGGCUCCCCAUGGGGUCUCGAGCGCAUCUCUAGCGCCCAAGGCCCCUCGGGCUCUCCCCAAGGCCAGGACUUUACCUACUCUUUCAACGACUCUACGCUCGGUGCUGGUGUCGAUAUCUACGUCAUUGACACUGGUGUGCGGACUUCCCACGCUGUCUUCACUGGUCGUGCUUCCCAGGGUUUCACCGCUACCGGUUCCUUUGUCGACGGUGACGGCCACGGCACUCACUGUGCUGGUACUGCUGGUGGCGCCAAGUUUGGUGUUGCCCAGGGUGCCAACAUCAUCGAAGUCAAGGUUCUCGGAGACGAUGGAUCUGGUGCUUCUUCCGACACCAUCAGGGGUAUGGACUGGGUCGUUGCCAGGCACAACAAGCGCAAGACUGAGCCCGGCUUCGUUGGUUCCAUCAUGAGCAUGUCAUGGGGUCUCCAGGGCUUUGCCAGCUCCGUCGAUGAAGUCAUUGCUGGUGCCUCUGACGCCGGUAUCCACGUCUCCGUCGCCGCUGGAAACGACGGACAAGACGCCUGCGGCAGCACUCCCGCCCAUCUCGGCGGCGCAAACUCCAACGUCGUAACCGUCGGCUCCAUCAAUAUCAACAACGAAAUCUCCAGCUUCUCUAACAAUGGUCGCUGCGUCGACAUCUACGCCCCCGGCGAGCAAAUCCUCAGCUCAUGGUCCACCGGCGACAACGUCAUCAACUUCCUCUCCGGCACUUCCAUGGCCUGCCCCCACACCACCGGUGUCAUGGCCGUUCUCAUGACCCAGGACGUUGCAGGCCUCGGCCAGAACCCCGCCGCCCUCAAGGCCAAACUCCUCGCUACCGCCCGCAAGAACGACAUCUCGGGUAACCUCGCCGGCAGCGCUAACCUGCUCCUCAGCAACGGCGUCAACGGAAACGUCGUCCAGCGUCUCGUCAAGAACUACGUUGUCCCCGACCACAGCGGCCUCAACGGUAGCCCUGCUGCUCGCGCCGCCGCCCGCGUGGCAGAGGCCGCUCCUAUCGACAAGCGCUUCGAGCUUCACUCGCGUGAUGUCCAGCUCCGUUUUUAAGAAGAUGAAGUAGAACUUUAGCCUAGUGUGGGCUUUUUACUACCAUCCACCACCCCCAACCCAAAAAAUGAGAGUUUUUUUUAGCGAAUUGUUUUGCAUAUAAUACCCCAUCUCUCUCUCUCCCUCCAAAAAUACUCUCAGGACGAAAAGUCGCCUCUUUUUUGUUUUUUAGUGUAUGUAUUUCUUAUUCUUGUCUCUUCUUACAAAAAAGAGAGAGAAAGAGAGUCAGCCAGCGAAAUAUACAUAAACCCAGCCCAUCUUCUGUCUUUCUUGUCCAUCACACACAAUCUUUCGCAAAGCGUUCCGACCUAAUCCUUUUGGUUUUUUUGGGGAGGGGGCAUCAGCGUGGAGUAUUACAAUGGGCACAGACUAUCUUAAUUUCGUUGUCAAUACUUACUUAUUUUUUUCUUUCCCCAUACCCCCCCUUCCCUGGGGUGCGUUCAUGGGGAAAAAAGUGCAAAAACCAAAAUCAAAUCAUCCAUCCA